GUGGCAACGCUUGGUGGACCACAAUAAGCGCAGCCAACUUCGAGCGUCUUGUUCUUUUUUUCCGGUUGACUUUGACAAGAAAGAUGCCAGGUGUCACAGUGAAGGAUAUUGACCAGCAUGCCGUUACCAAGGCGGUCGCAGUUUUCCUUAAGAAGACUGGCAAAUUGAAGGUGCCCGACCAGAUGGACAUCAUCAAGACCGCCAAAUUCAAGGAGCUGGCACCUUACGAUCCCGACUGGUUCUAUGUGCGUUGCGCUUCGAUUCUGCGUCACUUGUACCAUCGCAGUCCCGCUGGCGUCGGCUCCAUCACCAAGAUCUACGGCGGACGCAAGCGCAACGGUGUCCACCCAUCGCACUUCUGCCGUGCCGCCGAUGGCGCUGCCCGCAAGGCUCUGCAGGCCUUGGAACACGCUCGCCUGGUCGAGAAGCACCCCGAGGGUGGCCGCAAAUUGAGCUCGAUUGGACAGCGUGAUUUGGAUCGCAUUGCCAACCAGAUUGUCGCUAAGCAGCGUGAUGCCGCCAAGCAGACGGGCCCUAUUGUUAUUUCCAAGUAAAAUAAAAAUGUGUGUGUCUGGACAGCACUGCGAACUCUAAAAACAACAACAACAAACAUCGUAUUUUUUAGACUUCUACUGUAAGCAUUUUUUGUUUCCACACGCAAGAGAUGAAAGAAUAAUUAAAAAACCCAACCACAAUCACAAAAAGUCUACAAAAACAAGCGUAAA